AUGACCUCCGCCGUCCUCCCCGCCGCGCCAGCCUCCGUGUCCUCGACGUAUGGCUGUCGUCCCUCGUUCGGCCGUGACGCGGCCGCUGAGGAGUCAUCGCCGGUCGCGUCUUCCUCGCCCGCGCGCCCCGCCGUGGCCACGCCCGCAAUCUCCAAGGACUUCAUCGACUUCGAGUUCAGUUUUGGUGGAUGCACCGCCAGCAUGCUCCCGGCGGACGAGCUCUUCGCCGAUGGUAAGCUGCUGCCGCUUCAGAAGGAUGCCGCUGCAGUUGCUUCUGCCGCGCCUGAGCCGGAGACAGCCGCAGCGGCGCCACCGCCGAGGUUGUUGGAGGCAAUGCCGGCGACUCCGGAGCCAAUGAAGGCGAUCCGCGGCGGCGCCGCGGCUGGUGCCGCCGACCAGUACGUGUUCUCGCCGAAGGCGCCCAGCUGCUCCAGCCGGUGGCGGGAGCUGCUCGGGCUCAAGCGAGCCGCCGCCUCCGCCCAGAGCCCCAAGGCGUCGUCAUCCCCGUCUCCGUCGCCAUCCGCAGCAUUGGCGAAGACUCCGGGGAGGACGAACACAACGACCUCCUCGGCGGCGAGGUCACUGAAGUUCCUCCUCCAGCGGAGCAACGGCGGGCGGGCGUCCAGCGGCGCCGCGUCGGAUCUCGCGUCGGCGCCGCUCCUCCGCGACAGCUCCGACUCGGAGGCGUCGCUGUCCCUCGCCUCCUCCCGCUUCUCGCACUCCUCCUCCUCCAGCUCCGGCGGCGGGCACGACCACGACGACCUCGCGAACGUCAACCCGCGCUUCUCGCUCGACUCCGCGGCCCCCGACCACAACAACCCGCCCCGGCUCCGCCUGGUGCCGCACCGCCACUCCACCUCCACCUCCACCCGCCGCCCGGGCCCCUCAACCCCACCCCCGCCACCACCUCCCUCCAGCUGCGUCACCGCCGACUCCCCGCGCAUGAACUCCUCCGGCAAGAUCGUGUUCCAGACGACCGGCCUCGAGCGCAGCUGCAGCUCCCCGUGCAGCCUGCACGCGGCGGCGCGGUCGCGGUCCAUGGCCCGCGCCGUGGACCGCUCCUACUCGUCCGGCGUCCGCGUGGCGCCCGUGGUGCUCAACGUGCCGGUCUGCUCGCGCCCGGUCUUCGGCGGCUUCUUCAAGGACAAGACCAAGGAGGCCGCGGCCAACAAGGACUCGGCCGCGGCGGCGGCCCGGUCGUCGGCGCGGGCGUCCACGCUCGGCCGGAAGCCCACGCCGCAGCGCUGGAGCGGCGAGCUGCCCAAGCAUUCUGGGUAA